AUGGACCCAUCAUCGAUCCUACCCUAUGACACGUUCUCUGCUAUUUGCAUCGAGUUCGCUUUCGACAUCCUGCAGUCCGAAAGGCGUGCGUUCACCAUCUGGAAAUCUCUCACGGGCGUGAGUCGAGCGUGGCGAUCUAUCGCCCGACACACACCAGAGCUAUGGACUGUUCUAAGUCCUGUGCGCCACCGACGUCUAUCUCCCACCAUUCACUUUGCAGAACAGAGCGUCCUCGCCCGGAACCGGCCGCUCCACGUCAUAUGGCUCGAUGUUCCUCACGCCUUCGAAGACAGUGCGCCUGCCAUAGCAGCUCUCGCCGAGCGGCUGCAUCAUCUGCAGUACACGUCUACAAUGGGAGCGCUCUCGCGACAAUCGCUAGGGACACUCCCUCAUGUCACCACAGUUGACAUAUCAAUGUGGGAGCCAGCGAGUAUGGACGCGCUGCGGGCUCUGCGAGACACGCCUGCUCUGCAGUCUCUUACUUUGACGCUCGUAUCUGAACCGGAUAUGUGGGAUCGUACAGUGAACCCUGUCUCAUUCUUCGUCCCAAAAGUACCUCACCUCACAUGCCUGAUUCUACACGCCACCGCCCAGCUGGUCUUUCACGCACAAACAUGCAUCGACUUGUUGUCUGCGUGCAAAGAGACUCUCCUUUGCGUGGCCAUCACUGGAGACAUUUUCUGGCCGUUGGGAAUGUCGCCAAGUGCGCAAAUCACGUUGGAGUUGGGCGCUCUUCAAGUCCUUACCCUUUCGCAUACUGCAGCACGACUGAUGUAUGCGAUACGCACGCCCAACCUUCAGGACAUCGAAGUACGACAAGUCGACUGGCCGACGCUCGGAAGCGGAGCACUAGCGACGUGCUUGGGGUCCGACUCAAAUGCUCUAACGUACUUGCACUUCACGCACGUUGGCGCCGUAGCAUCCGCCACUGUCCACGACGCACUUGCAGUACUUGAACCUUGCACGUCCGUGGAAACCCUCGUGCUCGACUUCAGCGAAGCCUUGCCUUCAAAGGUCAGGUUCGGGCGGCUGAUCAUGCACGCCCUAAGAGACGUUAACGUGUUGCCGUCUUUAAAGGACCUGUACGUUUGGCUUGGGAGUAGAUGGAGGUACGAGGACAUUGAUCUUCUUCACGAGUUACAACGAAAGAUAGCGCCACCAAACACUCGCAACGUAGCUAUACACUCUGAUGAACACUGCGGAUAA